AUGUUAUGGAAUACCCUCAUCUUUCUGUUUCCUCUCCUGUCUCUGGUUUAUGCGGCCAACGUCGACUACACCAAAGUCUCUCUCACCAGCUCUGGUGACGCUCGCUACUACCUCGUCACCACUCCUCCAAAGUUUGAUCCAAAAACGCCCACGCCUGUUAUCUUUUCGUUUCACGGAAAGAACAAGUCGGCCAAGGAUCAAUAUGAGCUUACCCUACUUUCGGAUCCCUAUUUCAACGACUACGCGAUAGCCGUAUACCCCAACGGUCUCGAAGUAAGAUACACUCACUACCUGCGCCAAAAGAGUAGAGGAUCGCUAUUGACCAAGUACCUGCAGAAGUCAUGGCAGGGCCACCCAGACGCCACAUCCAACGACCUGCAAUUCACCCUCGACAUCCUGGCAUCCCUCCAAUCUCGCUACACGCUCGACGACUCCCGCAUCUACGCCUCGGGCAAGUCCCUCGGUGGCGGCUUCGUCGGCGUCCUCGCCUGCGACGCAACCCUCUCCAACAAGUUCGCCGCGUUCGCUCCCGUCGCCGGCGCUUUCUACAUCAAGAACGACACCAAGUGCGCUCCGAGGACGAUCGAGAUCCCGUGUCACCCAGGCCGCGCCAAGAUCCCCAUGAUGGAGAUCCACGGCGGUGCCGAUGGGACGAUCAAGUAUUCCGGCGCCGGCAGGGGAGGGGAGUGCGUGCCGUGGAUACCGCAUUGGGUGCGGCAGUGGGCGAAACGCAAUGGGUUGGCGUACCCGGGAAACGUAUCGAGUGCUGUGAGCGACGAUACCACGCUCUACCAGUUCGAGACGGAGGAGGACGACGACGACGAUGACGGACGGGACUUGGGGCUGGUGAGUCAUGUGUUUGACGAGAAUCUGGAUCACAGCUGGCCGAGUACUUUGGCGAAUGCGGAUAAUAUAGCGCACGGCGAUGGCCCGGCUUCGUUUAAUGCCUCGACUAUGAUUGUGGAUUUCUUCAAGAAGUAUACGCUGGAGUUGUGA